CCCGACAACCCUUCCUACCCUCCCUUCCCUUCCCGUCUGUGUUCCUCUCUCUCUCUCGGUGUGAGGCACAUGAAAUUCGGAGGCGAUCUCCUCCCGAAACCCCGACCGCAGCAGUCAUCGAAGCAAGCAGCGAGACCCCCUCCCCACACAACAUGGCUACAAUUGUAACCUCGACCAGGUUUACCGACGAGUAUCAGCUUUAUGAAGAGCUGGGAAAGGGUGCCUUCUCUGUGGUCCGUAGAUGCGUAAAGAAAUCCUCAGGACAGGAAUAUGCUGCUAAAAUCAUCAACACAAAGAAACUAUCAGCAAGAGAUCAUCAAAAAUUGGAGCGCGAGGCCCGAAUCUGUCGUCUCCUCAACCACGCGAAUAUUGUUCGCCUCCAUGACAGCAUAGCAGAAGAAGGCUUCCAUUACCUCAUCUUUGACCUGGUAACCGGUGGGGAGCUGUUUGAGGACAUCGUUGCCAGAGAGUAUUACAGUGAAGCCGACGCCAGUCAGUGCAUCAGUCAGAUCCUGGAAAGCGUCAACCACAUUCACCAGCAUGACAUCGUACACAGAGACCUCAAGCCUGAGAAUCUCCUGCUGGCCAGCAAGAUGAAGGGAGCGGCUGUGAAGUUGGCGGACUUUGGCCUGGCCAUCGAGGUGCAGGGAGACCAACAGGCUUGGUUUGGAUUCGCCGGCACCCCAGGCUACCUCUCCCCUGAGGUGCUGAGGAAAGACCCCUACGGCAAACCAGUGGACAUCUGGGCCUGUGGUGUGAUUCUGUACAUCCUGCUGGUGGGUUAUCCCCCUUUCUGGGAUGAGGACCAGCACAAGCUCUACCAGCAGAUCAAAGCUGGAGCGUAUGAUUUUCCCUCCCCUGAGUGGGACACAGUCACGCCUGAGGCCAAGAACCUCAUCAACCAGAUGCUGACCAUCAACCCCGCCAAGAGGAUCACGGCCGAGCAGGCCCUCACGCACCCAUGGGUCUGCCAACGCUCAACUGUGGCCUCCAUGAUGCAUCGCCAGGAGACUGUGGAAUGCCUGCGCAAGUUCAACGCCAGACGGAAGCUCAAGGGAGCCAUUCUCACAACCAUGCUGGUUUCCAGAAACUUCUCAGUGGGCCGGCAGCAUACCAGCCCUGCUGCUGCCACCACAAGCACUGCCGCGCUCGCACAGGAAGCUUGCAGGAGUUUGCUCAAUAAGAAGGCAGAUGGUUCGAAGCCCCAGACAAACAACACUAUAAACAGUGUAGUGAGUGGCAGCAAAGACAGCAACAUGCCCUCCUCUGCACCAAUGGAGCCACAGACUACAGUGGUCCACAAUCCCCCCGAUGGCACCAAGGGAUCCACAGAGAGCUGCAACACCAAUGAGGAGGAGGAUAUGAAAGGUAGGAAAGCGGAGAGCAUUCAGGGUGCCAGUAACGACAGCGCUGUGAUGAGCGCCAGUGAGGAUCCGCCUGCCCUGCUGGGAUCCCCGCAGAGUUCCCCUGCCACCUCCACCGGGCAGGUGCAUGACGUAAAGCGCAUGGCGUGGAACAGCACAUUGCACGCCUCCUGCCCCGAGAUGGAGCGCACUCAGUCGCAGGGUGGGCAAGGGGGUGGGGCCAGCACCACAGGGGGUGGGGCCAGCACCACAGGGGGUGGCGCUUCACCCAAGACUCGUAAGCAGGAGAUUAUCAAAAUCACUGAGCAGCUGAUAGAAGCGAUGAACAAUGGGGACUUUGAGGCUUACACGAGAAUCUGUGACCCGGGUUUGACCUCGUUUGAACCGGAGGCCCUUGGCAACCUGGUGGAGGGGAUGGACUUCCACAAGUUCUACUUUGAGAACUUGCUGAGCAAGAACAACAAACCAGUGCACACCACCAUCCUGAACCCCCACGUGCACCUGAUAGGGGAGGACGCGGCGUGCAUCGCCUACAUCCGCCUGACGCAGUACAUGGACGGCCAGGGCCGCCCGCGCUCCUGCCAGUCGGAGGAGACGCGCGUGUGGCACCGCCGCGAGAGCAAGUGGCUCAACGUGCACUUCCACUGCUCCGGGGCCCCCGCCGCGCCGCUACAGUGAGCCACACGCCAGGAACAUGGCUCACCUGGAUUUUCCAGGCUGUUGAAGAGUCUUCUCUGUGGCCGAAAGGGGCACCCUAUGGCCUGCUGUCUGAGAGGAAGAGAUUGUGGGGUGGGGGGGGGUUGUUGGGGUUAGGGUUUUUCUGGGGGAUGGGGUGAGCCAGCGGCACCACCUGAUCUCCUCUUCCGUCCCGCCUCCCCGAGAAGUUUCCGGAAACACCUGACAAACAUCCAGUCCAACUGUCCACCACCUUCUGCAGCCCCCUUUCUUGCCUGCGCUGCACUGUGGCUAGGUCCCGGGGAUGGUGCAUGUCUCUCACGCCCACACCAGGGGGCGCUGUCUUGUUAUUACUUUUACUGCCCACGUACCCCAGUGGAACCAUCUUGAUUUUUAAUGCCCGUCAUGAAAAUAAAAGAUAAAAAAAAAUAUAUAAACAUAAUAAAAAACUAGCUCCAGAAAGGUGUUUGUAAGUUAAAAAAAAACAAUGUUUGAGUUUAAUAUACAUAUAUAAAUAUUGUACAUUUUACUAGGUGUAAGACAAGCUACAGGCAGUGAAUAAGGGUCCAGAAACGAGUUUUGUGUGGCUACGAAACCAGGUUUGACCUUUGAAAAAAACAAAAAUUGACUAGCACUUUUGUUUAAUGUAUGCUUGAUAGGGAACCUACGGACACAAGUUUUCCUAUUUGGAAACACGUUUUCGAGCAGAUCUAAAAGGCUUGUGUUGCGAUAUGAAGACAGGUGGUUCUGAAGCAGAUUUUCUGUUGGUUUUUUUCCCUCUUUAUUUUCCAUUUUUGUUUUUCGUUUUUUAGGACGUACUGAAGUACAUACUUAUGUCUAAACCGA